UUCUGUGAUGCUGUGCUGGUGUCAGCUCCAGCCGCAGGGAAGGCUUGGAUCCAGGCUGCCCUGGGAGUGAGGGGGACAACCAUGAAGGGACAAGCGAGCCCUGGCUGGGCAGGUUGGCCACGAGGCCACCAUGGGUUCCCCCCAACCCGGCUGUAACUGAAGGGACCAGAUGAGGCAGGAAUGCCCUGGAGGAGCUGGCAGCCACCCACCACCCCUGGUGGCACCCCUGGGCUCAAACAAAGCCCUUGUUUUCGGGGCAGCCAAGUCCCCUCCCCAAACCCCCCCAGCACGGCCACGCUCCAGGGCAGCGUAAUCCCGGCGGGGAGAGCACAUGGAAUCAGAUGGAAAAGUUUUGAUGUGAGGCAGCAGCUUAGGGUGGUCUCAGGUUUCCUUUAGGUUUGCUAUAUUUAUCUCCGUGAUUUAAUGCCAGCGCCGGGGUUUAAAUGGCACCAAACAGUUGGCGUUGGGGAGAGGGAGCAGCCGUCCCUGAGCCUCACACACGUCCCCGAGCUGCCCAUGGAGCUCUUUGAGACCAACCCUUAUUUUUUCCCGGACCAGAGGUUUUACGAUGGAGAAAAUUUCCUGGGUUCCCGCUUGCAGGGCUACGAGCCGGCGGCGUUUCCCAAGAGACCCGAGGUGGCCCUGUGUCCUGAGGGCAGGGUGGCUUUGGAGGAGAAGGACUCAGCCCUGGUUGAGCACUGUCCCGGGCAGUGCCUGCCCUGGGCCUGCAAGGUUUGCAAGAGGAAGACGGUGUCCAUGGACCGGCGGCGGGCGGCCACGCUGCGGGAGAAGAGGAGGUUGAAGAAGGUGAACGAGGCCUUCGAGGCGCUGAAGCGCAGCACCCUGCUGAACCCCAACCAGAGGCUGCCCAAGGUGGAGAUCCUGCGCAGCGCCAUCCAGUACAUCGAGCGCCUGCAGAGCCUGCUCAGCUCCCUCAACCAGCAGGAGCGGGAGCAGCGGGACCUGCGCUUCCGUCCCGCCGCGCCCCAGCCCGCCGUGACCAGUGAGUGUGGGUCUGGCAGCUCAUCCUGCAGCCCCGAGUGGAGCAGCCAGCUGGAGUUUGGCACCAAUCCCACGGAUCACCUCCUGGCUGAUGAGGCAGCCGAGGACCGCAACCUCCACUCGCUCUCCUCCAUCGUGGAGAGCAUCGCCGUGGAGGACGUGACGUUCCCGGAGCAGCGGGUUCAAAACUGAGCUGGCACAAACCCCGGCGGCUCCUGGAGCUGCUCACGGGGUGGGAAUAAGAUGCUGGAAGGGCCCAGCCACUGGAAAUUAUAUUUACCCCUCCAGUGUCAUGGACUGCACUGCUGAAAUCACUCCCCUCCUGUCCCCCUCCUGGCCAAACCUCCCGCCCAGCCAGCUGAGAGGCACGGGGAGCGGCGGGACGUGGGCAGCGGUUCCUGGUGCCAGGCUCUGCUUCCCUCCCUGCCCGGGAUGGUUGGUUUCUUUGGGGCCAACAUGUGUGCUGGGUUGGCUUGCUGAUUUUAUUUUUUCCAAGACGCUCUUUGACCAAGGUCUCUCUCUGGCUGGUGUCCCGUGGGUGCUGAGCCCUGCGGGCGCUGCCCGCGCCGGCUCUUCUACUGAGCGCUGUGUGGAGCUGCCAUCUGGGGUGGUUUUUUUUAAUUAUUAUUUUUGCUAACUUAUUUGGAUUUUUUUUUUAAUAA